CCAAAGUGAGCAGUGGUGUGUGAUGACUUGGAAAAGUGCCAGUGCAACACAGCUCACAAGCAUAACACAAACACAAAAGAUAAAGCUAAGAAGAAGCCAUCAUUCAAAGGCGUAAAUCAAGGGAUCAUAAACAUGAACAUGAACCAAUGAGUAGUUAAGUCUGCCCAAUCACACACACAUAUAUAUAAAAUUGAAACAUUUCAUCAAUCCAAAUCCAAAUCAUAACAACCCCGUUUCCCUCUCUGUGUAUGUCUUACCAAUCCCACAAGCAUCCAAGUUGGAAAUUUUCCAUCCUACUCAUUCAAUCAUCACAGAAUAAUUCAAUUCAACAAGCUAAGCCAACUAACAUCUUUUUCUAUAUAUAUAUAACUCCAUAUAUAUUCCCUUUCUUCCUCUUCCUCCAUCUAUGGUUACAACUAUUACAAACUCAAGAAAUUAAAGAUGAUGAUCCCUGCUUGUUUCAGCCAAUCCACCACCACUUCUAAUCAAACGCCGCCACAAAAUGUAGUAACAUGCAUAUACCAAACUCAACUCUUCAACUCAUCAUCUUCAUCAACAUACCUCACUCUCAGUUGGUCCAAAACCCCUUUCUCUCACUCCUUAACAAUCUACGCUGCAGAUAUAUUCACCACCACCAUCUCCCUAAACCCUUCAACCCACCGCACGGCUCCAAAUCCAUCUACUACCAUCAAAACCACCGCCGCCACAAGAUCAAGCUCCAAUGGAACUUCUCCCGGACGAAAUUCACUCAGAAAUCCCAGACUCCAGACUCGUGCUUCUACUUGGCGAUCUUAUGCAAUGGGAAAAUCAAAUUCUUCAUCGGUGACAUUAAUUAUAACAUUCUCCACAAGAGAAAAGACACCGCACGGCUCCAAAUCCAUCUACUACCAUCAAAACCACCGCCGCCACAAGAUCAAGCUCCAAUGGAACUUCUCCCGGACGAAAUUCACUCAGAAAUCAGCAGAGCCAGACUCGUGCUUCUACUUGGCGAUCUUAUGCAAUGGGAAAAUCAAAUUCUUCAUCGGUGACAUUAAUUAUAACAUUCUCCACAACACACAAGAGAAAAGCGUUGAUCCGAUCUUGCUUUCGAGGAGAGAGCACGUGUUUGGGAGCAAGAGUUACGUGUCAAGGGCGGUGUUCAUGGGUUGCAAGCAUGACAUUGAGAUUGAAUGCAGUGGAGGCUCGCUCAGAGUCAAAGUUGACAGUCAACUUCGCUUGGUGGUCAAGAGGCUUGCAUGGAAGUUCAGAGGGAAUGACAAAUUCUUCGUAGACGGCGUAGAAGUUGAGUUCUACUGGGACGUGCUGAGUUGGGUGGCCAACGGCGAUAACAAUGAAAAUAGUAACAGCAGCAACGGUGGCAGGCACGGCGUUUUUGUGUUCCAGGUGGGUGGCGAUGGCACCGUGUGGCCGGAAAUGGUGGGUGCCGAGAAGAAGUUGAUGAAGAAAGGAUUGUUGCCGGGCUCCGGUGUGUUGCAGUGGGCGGAGGAGACCAGUGAUGGUGGGAGAACCUCCUCUUCUUCGUCUGCAAGGUCUUCUGCCAGUAAUGGCGGCGCUUUCUCCUUGUUGCUUUACGCUUGGCCCAAAAACUAAUUUCAUUCUUUUGCACAUUUUUUUUUUCCUUUUUGAGUGGUUCUAUAAUUGAGCAUUACUAACUCAAACUAAAUUAUCAAAAUAGUCCCGAAACCCAUAUCAUGCAUCAAUUUAAUUUUUGAGAUUUCAAUUGUAUUAUUAUCAUUUUUAAAAUUGAUCUUCAGAUA